GUGGAAUUAUUUAGAAAUACCAUCAACAAGAUUAGAAGAUUGGGUACUACGUGGUUAUCAGUUUAGAGAUAGUGAAGAAUUUAAGCAUUUGAAAAAUGCAAAUGCAUUCUAUCAAGCUGGUACUAGCCGAUUGGGUAAUCCAGUAUUCUACUACAUUGCUAGACGAUAUAA